AUGCCUCUAAUUCGCAAGCGACGCGCACCCCCCGCCGAGGAACCCGAAUCAAGCGAAGACGAAGCCAGUUCCUCCGCAGGACCUUCCACACAAGAAAACACCCAACGCCAGCGCCGCCGGACAGAGGCCGCCUCUGUGGAUGAAAGCGAAUAUGACAGCGACGCCGAAGUUCGCGCGCCGACCAGCACAGACGUCAUGGUGAAGAAGCUGGUGCGGUUAGCGCUCUCGAGCGAAUAUUCGCGGCAGCCAAUUCGCCGGUCUGAUAUUAGCAAUAAAGUUAUGGGAGAGUCGCGGCAGUUUAAGCUGGUGUUUGAUCAGGCGCAGAAGGUUCUCACGGAGACGUUUGGGAUGAUGAUGACGGAGUUGCCGGUCAGGGAGAAGGUUACGAUUCAGCAGCGGAGAGCCGCCCAGAAAGUCGAAAGGCCGUCGUCAACGAACAGGUCGUGGAUCCUUACGAGUACACUCCCACCCGCAUACCGAAAACAAGAUAUGCUCUCCCCGGCCAAAGCGCCGAUGGAAGGCGCAUACACGGGUCUAUACACUUUUAUCAUCGGCGUGAUCCUACUAAACGGCGGAGUCCUGCAAGAGCAAAAACUCGACCGUUACCUCAGCCGCAUGAACGCCGACACAUAUACGCCCAUCGACCGCACAGACAAAUUCCUCCAACGCCUCUGCAGAGAAGGGUACCUGGUGAAAACCCGUGAGAUGGAUGGCGGCGACGAGAUUAUAGAAUACAUGGUUGGACCACGUGGGAAGGUCGAAGUCGGGGCGAGGGGCGUAGCGGGCCUUGUUCGAGAGGUCUACGGUCGUCAGACUAUGGUUGAGGGUGACGACAUCACGCCUGCGGAGCAGGCAAAGAUGGAAGAGUUUGAGUUUCGGCUGUCGAGGAGUCUGGGCCUGAAGAGGCCGGAGGGUCAAGCGGCUACGCAGGACCAGGAUGAUGAUGCGCAAGAGGAAGGACAGACAAGGCGGCCGCGGCGCGGCGCGGAGUCUGGAUCUGAGUCUGAGUCUGAGUCUGAGAGUGAUUAA